AUGGAUUUUUUGUUGACCAGAUUGUUUGCAGAGAAUGUAAAUCACAGUUCACAAAUUGCAUUGUAUGUGAUGAAUCAAGCUGUCUUGAAUGUGAAAAUCGGUUUUAUCUGGAAAGUAUUGUUUGUAAACUAUGUAAUUCCAAAUUUGAUAAUUGCAUAUCUUGUGACGCGUCAAAGUGUUCUAUGCAACGCCACAACAUGUCGUUCUUGUUUAAAUGCUUUUUAUUUGGACAAUGGUAUCUGUUCAACAUGUGAAACAAUACAUCCAAAUUGUGAAGUGUGUGAUGAAACGGAUUGUUAUAAGUGCAAAAAUAAACUCUUUUUACGUGAUGGGAAAUGCCUUAGCUGUGGUGAUAUCUAUAACAAUUGUACAAAGUGUGAUGAGACAAGGUGUUUGGAAUGUAUGGACCACUUUUAUUUGUCGAAUUACAACUGCGAUAUUUGUAAAACAAAUUGUGAUGUUUGCCACUCUGAAUCAACCUGUUCCAAAUGUUUUGAUGGAUAUUAUUAUAAGGAAGAUGACAAGAUUUGUUCGUUGUGUAACAUGAAAGGAUACUACAUAGACAGUAAAAGUUGUAAAAAGUGCAAUGCAAAUUGCAUCGAUUGUUUGUCUCAAACAAAAUGUGUGUCAUGCAUCGAGGGGUAUUAUCUCGUUAAUACCACGUCAGAAGAAAUGACAGAAUCUUUUGGAAGAUGUACAGACUGUUCAACGCGUGGUUGUACAACAUGCAAUUCAACAUCGUGUAUAACAUGUGAAAUCAAUAAAUACAUUGAUGAAGGUGGGUUGUGUUCUGUGUGUAAACCCGAUAAUGACAAAUGUAUUUCAUGCUUCAUUGAUGAAAACCGAAACAAAAAGUGUGAUAAAUGCAAACUGGGAUUUUGGAUAGAAGAUUUCGAAUGUGUGACUUGUGAAACAUGUGGAAGUAGUGGGUGCUCUAACAAAACAAAUGGACUUUGUUUCAACUGUUUAUCUCCCAACGAAGUUUUAAUUGAGGGUAUUUGCCAAAUUGAUGAAAAUUGUAUUUCCAUUGAACCCAAGAGAGUGCCUGUGUGGUUAUCUGAUUCAAAUUGUGUUUUGUGUUUGGAAGAAUAUUAUCUAAAAGACCUAAAGUGUCUCAAAUGUGAUGAAAUACUUACAAACUGCAUAAAAUGCGGACUUUUGAAUUACUCAAAUUACAACGAAGUUUACUGUGAUAUUUGUACCAUUGGAAAUUACCAAAACGUUGUUAAUAAAUGA